UUUCGCUUGUGUUGUGCUGUCGUGUUCUUUUGCUGACUCGUCACUUUCUCUUUUUGGGUAGCUGUGAAGCGUCAACCAAUCAGAAGAGAAGCAGUUUUUCUACCUGCUUCGUAUCUCUAAGCGGGUCGCCAUUUCGCCACCGCGUGGGUUCAGUAUAAGUGAAGCCUGCUGUAUACAACAUCUGAGUGAGGAACAUAUUUAGAAUUUUUGUAAAUAUAUAAUAUUUAACAUAAUGAGUGUAGAUCAAGAAAAAGUAACUGAUAAUGCGGAAUCAGUUGAAUUUGUUGAAUUUCAAGGUAGAAAGAAACGGCGUUCCAGUGAAAAUCGUAUGGAGAUUGAAGCAGUCAAUGACAUAGAAGGAAAAACGAAACCACAUGUUUCCUUGAAAAAAGCUAGAAAUGUACAAGGUGAAGAGCAAAGAAAAAUACCUGUACCUGCACAUAGGUAUACACCACUGAAGGAAAACUGGUUGAAAAUAUUCACUCCUAUCGUUGAACACUUACAAUUGCAAAUAAGAUUCAAUUUACAUACAAGAAAUAUAGAACUACGUACAGCUCCGGAAACACCUGAUAUUGCUAAUUUACAAAAGGGCGCUGAUUUUGUAAAAGCUUUUGUAUGUGGCUUUGAAGUUGAGGAUGCCUUGGCUUUGAUACGUUUAGAUGAUCUGUUUGUAGAAACAUUUGAAAUUCAAGAUGUAAAACCUCUAAAAGGAGAUCAUCUUUCUAGAGCUAUUGGUAGGCUAGCAGGAAAGGGAGGAAGAACAAAAUUCACAAUAGAAAAUGUUACAAAGACAAGAAUUGUGUUAGCAGAUUGUAAAAUUCACAUACUGGGUUCCUUCCAGAACAUACAGUUAGCAAGAAGAGCUGUUUGUAAUUUAAUUUUGGGUAGUCCACCUUCAAAAGUUUAUGGGCAACUAAGAAAUAUAGCUAGCAGAGUAUCAGAUAGAUUAUAAAAAAUUAAUAUAACUGAAUAUUAAUUAUUGUAAUUACAAAUAUUAUGUAAAAUAUUA